AUUUCUCUCCCCAUCCCUCUGUCGUCCGUUGUACAGUGGUGAGAGACGUUUGGUGUUCGUUUCUAGCUACCAAGGGGUGUCCCCCCUUCGUUCGACUUGACCAUGUCUCUACUUGGGACCAUCAACCCCAAUCUCAACCCGGAGCGCGGGGGGCGCGCUGGUCCGUGGGAUCAAGAGAACAAUGAGGACGCGGUUCGUGGAGUCGCGAACAGCGUGUCGACUGACGAUACCGCAUUGGAAGAGAAGGAAGACAAGGAGGAGCAGUUGGAGCAGCACAUCAGUCAGUUGGCACGGCGAUUGACCCGUGAGUCGACCCGGUACUCGACCAAAGAGGACCUGCCAAAUCCGUUUCUGGAUGUCCCCGAGGAUUCGACCUUGAAUCCGCACAGCCCCAACUUCAAACCGAAGAAUUGGAUGAAGGCCCUGUUUGCGAUCCAGUCCCGCGACCCAGAACGCUAUCCGCAACGCACGGCCGGUCUGGCCUUCAAGAACCUCAGCGUGCACGGAUACGGCAGUCCGACCGAUUAUCAGAAGGAUGUGGCCAAUUCAGUUCUUGCGCUGGGCUCGCUCGUCCGGAACAUCGCCGGGUCGGGCAAGCAGAAGAUCCAGAUCUUGCGCAACUUUGACGGCUUGAUCAAAAGCGGGGAGAUGCUCGUCGUUCUGGGAAGACCGGGAAGUGGAUGUUCGACCUUCCUGAAGACGAUUGCUGGAGAGAUGAACGGAAUUUACAUGGAUGAUUCGUCGUAUAUGAACUAUCAAGGUAUUUCGGCAAAGCAGAUGCGCGGCCAGUUCCGUGGUGAAGCUAUCUAUACCGCCGAAACAGAUGUCCACUUCCCCCAGCUCAGCGUGGGGGACACGCUCACCUUUGCCGCAUUGGCUCGCGCCCCGCGAAAUCGUCUCCCUGGGGUCACCCGCAGGCAGUAUGCAGAACACAUGCGAGACGUUAUGAUGGCGAUGCUUGGAUUGUCGCAUACGAUCAAUACCAGAGUUGGUAACGACUUCGUCCGUGGUGUCAGUGGUGGAGAGCGCAAACGUGUCAGUAUCGCGGAGGCUACCCUCAGCCAAAGUCCCAUCCAGUGCUGGGACAACAGUACCAGAGGUCUGGAUAGUGCCAACGCGUUGGAGUUCUGUAAAACACUGCGCUUGAGCACUGAAUACGCUGGUACGACGGCUUGUGUCGCCAUCUACCAGGCCUCCCAGAGCGCUUACGAUGUCUUUGAUAAAGUGGCCGUCCUCUAUGAAGGUCGACAGAUCUAUUUCGGUCGCACGGAGGAGGCCAAGGAAUUCUUCACCACCAUGGGAUAUGAGUGCCCAGAGCGUCAGACGACAGCCGAUUUCCUGACCUCGCUGACCAGUCCCGCUGAGCGAAUUGUGAAGCCAGGAUACGAGAACCUUGUCCCAAGGACACCUGACGAGUUUGCCGCUGCCUGGAAGAAGAGUGACGCUUAUGCCAAGCUGAUGAAGGAAAUUGACGAGUACGAGCGAACAUAUCCCAUCGGCGGCGAAAGCUACCAGAAGUUCGUCGAAGCCCGCCGAGCUCAGCAGGCCAAGAGUCAGCGUAUCAAGUCCCCAUACACGAUCUCCGUCUAUGAGCAGGUCAAGCUUUGCGUCUGGCGUGGCUUUUUGCGUCUCAAGGGCGACGCAAGUCUGACCCUGACUCAGUUAAUCGGAAACACUAUCAUGGCCCUCAUCAUUGGAAGCGUCUUCUACAAUCUCCGAAAGGACACCGGCAGCUUCUAUGCUCGUGGUGCCCUGCUGUUCUUCGCCGUCUUGCUUAAUGCAUUCUCUAGUGCUCUCGAAAUCCUCACUCUAUAUGCUCAACGUCCGAUUGUCGAAAAGCACGCUCGUUACGCCCUGUAUCACCCGUUCACGGAGGCGAUUGCAUCGAUGCUGUGUGACGUGCCCUACAAACUGCUCAAUGCGACAACGUUCAAUCUCACGCUUUAUUUCCUGACCGAUCUGCGUCGAGAGCCCGGCGCAUUCUUCAUCUUCUACCUUUUCUCGAUCGUCACCACGUUUGCCAUGUCGAUGAUUUUCCGUACGAUCGCGGCAUCCUCUCGGACGCUAGCACAGGCUCUGGCGCCCGCGGCUAUCCUCAUUCUCGGUCUGGUCAUCUAUACCGGUUUUACCAUCCCCACUCGCAACAUGUUGGGCUGGUCUCGUUGGAUGAACUACCUUGACCCCAUUUCGUAUGCUUUCGAGAGCUUCAUGGUCAACGAAUUCCACGACAGAACCUUUGAAUGUGCGGCCAAUCAGAUCGUCCCCACGGGUCCGGGAUACGAAAACGUGCCCAUGGCCAACAAGAUCUGUUCCACAGUCGGUGCUGUUGCAGGUCAAUCAACGGUCCAAGGUAACCUGUAUCUCAGCAAGAGUUUCGAGUACGCAAAGAGUCAUCUUUGGAGGAAUCUCGGUAUCAUGUUCGGCUUUAUGGUCUUCUUCAUGUUCACCUAUCUUGUGGCUUCAGAAUACAUCACCGAGGCCAAGUCCAAGGGUGAGGUUCUUCUCUUCCGCCGUGGCCACCAGCCCGUGGCGGCUCGCAAAGCGUCCGACGAUGUCGAGACGCAGCCCGAGCCAGUUCCUGCCGAGAAGACUGAGGUGAACAACGGACACACCACCGCGGCCAUCCAGAGACAGACGGCUAUCUUCCAGUGGCAAGAUGUCUGCUACGAUAUCAAGAUUAAAGGAGAGCCACGGCGCAUCCUUGACCACGUUGACGGUUGGGUCAAACCGGGUACUGCCACUGCGUUGAUGGGCGUUUCUGGCGCUGGUAAGACAACUCUACUUGAUGUUCUCGCCACUCGUGUCACCAUGGGUGUCGUGACGGGAGAGAUGCUAGUUGAUGGUCGCCCUCGAGAUCAAUCAUUCCAGCGCAAGACCGGUUAUGUCCAGCAACAGGAUCUCCAUCUUUCGACAUCCACAGUCCGCGAGGCGCUGCGCUUCAGUGCAAUUCUUCGCCAGCCUGCCCACGUGAGUCGCCAGGAGAAGCUCGAUUAUGUUGAAGAAGUUAUCAAACUGCUUGGCAUGGAAUCCUACGCCGAUGCCGUUGUAGGUGUCCCCGGUGAAGGUCUCAAUGUCGAACAGCGCAAGCGUCUUACCAUUGGAGUCGAGCUGGCUGCCAAGCCACAACUGCUCCUCUUCUUGGACGAACCUACCUCUGGUCUUGACAGUCAAACUUCGUGGUCUAUCUUGGAUCUCAUCGACACUCUGACCGCACACGGCCAGGCUAUCCUGUGUACUAUCCACCAGCCGUCAGCCAUGCUGUUCCAGCGAUUCGAUCGUCUCCUGUUCCUGGCGAGGGGUGGUAAGACCGUCUAUUUCGGUGAGAUUGGAGAGAAGUCGUCUACCCUCUCCAGCUACUUCGAGAGAAACGGUGCGCCGAAGCUACCGCCAGACGCGAACCCCGCCGAAUGGAUGCUUGACGUUAUCGGUGCCGCUCCUGGAUCUCACACUGACAUUGACUGGCCCGCUGUUUGGCGCGAGAGUCCUGAGCGCAAGGCGGUCCAUGAGCACCUGGCUGAAUUGAAGUCGACUCUGUCCCAGAAACCGGUCGACUCUUCGGUGACUGAUCCUUCUUCAUACAAGGAGUUCGCUGCGCCAUUUUCGGUCCAACUCUACGAGUGUCUUGUCCGUGUUUUCGCCCAGUACUGGCGGACUCCCUCGUACAUCUACUCCAAGUCGGCCCUAUCCAUCCUCACUGCUCUCUACAUCGGGUUCUCUUUCUUCCAUGCCCAGAACAGUUUGCAGGGACUGCAGAACCAAAUGUUCAGUAUUUUCAUGCUGAUGACUAUCUUCGGUAACCUUGUUCAACAGAUCAUGCCCAAUUUCUGUACCCAGCGAUCUCUCUACGAGGUUCGCGAACGGCCUUCGAAGACGUACUCCUGGCAGUCUUUUAUGACUGCUAACAUCUUGGUUGAACUUCCCUGGAACACAUUGAUGGCUGUCUUUAUCUUCGUCUGUUGGUACUACCCGAUUGGACUGUACCGGAACGCCGAACCCACCGACGCCGUGCACGAGCGCGGAGCCCUCAUGUUUCUGCUCAUUUGGACUUUCUUGCUGUUCACCUCCACCUUUGCUCAUAUGAUCAUUGCAGGUGUGGAGUUGGCAGAGACCGGUGGUAACCUUGCCAACUUGCUUUUCUCUCUGUGCCUGAUCUUUUGCGGUGUUCUUGCGACACCCGAAGCGCUUCCUGGAUUCUGGAUCUUCAUGUAUCGCGUUUCACCUUUCACAUAUCUUGUAUCGGCAAUGCUCUCGACGGGUGUUUCAGGCACGAAUGUGGUAUGUGAGGACGUUGAACUCCUUCGUUUCGAUCCCCCAAGCAACAUGACCUGCGGCGAUUAUAUGAACCCCUACAUCAGCAAGGCCGGUGGAUACGUUGCAAACCCAGACGCUACGACCAACUGCGGAUUCUGUCAGAUGUCCGACACCGACACCUUCUUGGCUACCGUGUCGAGUUACUACAAGGAUGCAUGGCGUAAUUUUGGCUUUAUGUGGAUCUACAUAUUUUUCAACGUCGUUGCGGCCGUGGGCAUCUACUGGCUGGCUCGUGUGCCCAAGGGAAAGAGAACCAAGGGUACGACCUGAUUUCGCCGAACGGAGCACGAAGAAAGAAAGAAAACAAUACGAAAUCAAACGCACUGUCCUUUCUGAUUUCUCCACUCGCUCCUCGGAGAUAUGUCUCUUCCACCCUCUAAAUCACUCGAUACACCUUGCUGCAUUUACAUGGAUUUACACCGGAGUCCCGUGGCCUUUUAUUGCACAUCCGUUAUUCCUUAAUUCUCAAGAAUUUUGUGUCUAGAUUCUUUGAUUGCGCCAGGUACAUGUCCUUCCUG